AUGAGCUCCCCCGCCGACUCCGGCCACCUCCCGGCCCCCGCGCCUCCGCCGCAUCACCCUCUUCCCCCCUCCGUCCCAGCACCAGCACCAGCACCAUGCCCGACCCCAGCCACUCACGCCGCCUCCCCGCCAAAACCUAAAUCCCCAAUCGCCGCCACCACCGCUCCGCCGCCGCCACCACCGGAGCCAAAUGCCUCGGCCGCCUUCUCCGGAAGCUCCCCCGCGCAGACCACCAGCACCGCCGCGGAGGACCACCAAAGCCCGCCCUCCGGCGGCGCCUCCACCAGCGCGGCCAUUGCGGCCGCGGCCGCCUCGGCGCGGCCGGAGGACUGCACGCCGCGGAUGGACAUGGAGUUCGACACGGAGCUGCAGGCGUACGACCUCUACCGCCUCUACGCCUUCAAGCUCGGCUUCAACGUCCGCCGCCGCUACACCAACCGCAGCAAGACCUCCGGCGAGGUCACCUCCUGCAAGUUCGCCUGCUCCCGCGAGGGGUUCAAGGACCACAAGACCGCCACCGCAACCGCCGGCACAGCUAAGCUCCCCCGCGCCGCGGCCAGGCUCUCCCGUGCCGCCGCCGCCGCCAUCCCCGCGCCGGACGGCAGGACCGGCUGCAACGCGCACCUCACCCUCCGCCGCACCAAGGCCGGCGGCAGGUUCCAGGUCUCCGCCUUCCAGCCGCGCCACAACCACCCGCUCUUCGCCGCUCCCCGCGGCCCGCCCAGCCCCUUCCACUCGCCGCCGGAUGCCGCUGCCGCCGUCGUUCCGCCGCGGGAUUUCAUUGACGACGAUGCAGCAGCGGGGGCGGCAUGGGCCGAGGGAGAAGGGCCCCUGCGCACCAGGCGGCAGUGGGAGAUCAAGUACGGGGAGGCGGCCGCCCUGCUGAACCACCUCCAGCGGCAAUCGCUGGCCGACCCGGGGUUCCACCACGCCGUGCAGCUCGACGUCGAGGACAAGGUGGCCAACGUCUUCUGGGUCGACGCCAAGAUGGUCGCCGACUACGCCCACUUCGGCGAUGCUGUCGCCUUCAACGUCGUGUCCAGGAACAGCAGCAGCCUCCGCCACCUUGCCUCGUUCGUCGGUUGCAACAGCUUUGGCGAGCCCGUCGUCUUCGGGCUGGCGCUCAUGUACGACGAGACCUGCGAGUCGUUCCGGUGGCUGUUCCAGACGUUCCUGCAAGCCAUGUCUGGGCGAGCACCCAAGACCUUCAUUUCGCAUCAGGACACGGUGAUAGCAGAGGCCCUGUCCUUGGCGAUGCCUGGCACGACGACGGCUCAUGCCAUAUGCGCGUGGCACAUAAAGCAUGUUGCAAAGGGGAACAUACGUCAGCUUUCUAAAGGCGAUGCCAGUUUCAUCGAGGAGUUCAAGGCGUGCGUCGACGGAGAGUAUGACGAGGAGGCGGGAUUUCUCGCCGCAUGGGAUGCUAUGAUCAGCAAGUACGAGCUUCGUGACAACCCGUGGUUGCAGAGGUUGUUUGAGGAGAAACACAAGUGGGCUAGGCCCUACGCGAAAGGGGUCUUCUCGGCCGGGAUGGAAGGCACACGGUUGAACGAGCGCCUGAAUUCUGAGGUGCGCAGUCAUCUGAGAGCAGAGGUGGACAUUGCUCUGUUUUUGAGGCAUCUUCAGAAAGUGAUCGGCGACAGGCGGCACAGAGAGUUGGAGAUGGAAUAUGGUUCAAGGUGGAUGAUGCCCUACCUCAAAAUCAGAGCUCCUGUUCUGACACAGGCUUCCGAGGUCUAUACCAGUGUGAUCUUUCAGCUUUUCCAAGAGGAAUACGAGGAGUUCCAGUCAGCUUACAUCGUGAGCCGUGAUGAAAGCGGCCCGUGUCGGGAGUAUGUCGUCUCGCUUGUGGAGAAGGAGGACCGGCGGUACACGGUUUAUGGGAACCCUACGGAGCAGACUGUCGCAUGCUCGUGCGGCAAGUUUGAGACGAUUGGCUUCUUGUGCAGCCAUGCUCUCAAGAUUCUAGAUGUUAUGGACAUAAAGUAUAUACCAGAGAGAUACAUCAUCAAGCGCUGGACCAAACAUGCAAGGCGUUUGACCUCCUCUUCACCGGAGGUUCCUGUUCCUGGGCAAGCCGUUCAAGCAGAGGAAUCAUUGGAGAUUUCUUCUAAUCGCUACCAGCACUUGUGCCCAAAGUAUGUCAGGCUUGUUGCCCGUGCAUCAGAAUGUGAGGAGUCCAGCAGAGUACUAGACCAAUUCUGGGGAGAACUUGGCGACAAGGUUGAGCAAAUCCUGCAGAAACAAACCAGCAUUAGCAGUGCACCUGUGACACUACAGCCUGAUGUUCAGAAUCUUAAGAUGGCCUUGUCUUCCAUCACGAAUGGCACUGAAUCAGAAAAUGUUCUGGACAUAUCAAGCAGGGCAGCAGCAAAAACAGUAGUAAAGAAGAAAGUCCAGAAAAACAAAAACCGUCAGAGAAAUUGCAUUGAAAACGGUCCGACAAAGAAGCAGAAAGUGCACUCAGAAGAACCUGCAGUAGUGCAGUAUGGUUUGGUAGAUGGUUCUGCCCAGUCUGCAAAUGCUAUGUUUCAGGCUUGGAGGCUCCUCCUAACAUGUCCAAAAUGGGUAGCCAAACUCCAACCUAUAUACCUUACAUGGGACUGA